GUGCGUGUGCGGGCAUGCGUGACCGAGCAGAGGUAAAGUAUAUAAGGCGAGGCAGGUGAGAUAAGGGUCCCACGUGGAGCAAAUAGCACAGAUACCAAUCCCUCUCCUUCGCGUUGUCCGUCGAAACCCAUCUGUUAUUUUGGUCUUUCGGAUCCCACGUGAUCACGUCCGUUUAAAAUCAGUCUCGCUAAUUCGACAUCUCACUUAUACACGGUCUUUGCUUGUUCUCCUCUUAUCCUCCCUUUUCCUCCCUCUUCCUCCUCCUCUUCGUGCUACGUCGAUUUUGCCUUCGUCCUCCUUACGUAGACGUGUGGACGCAUUUUUUUUUUUUCUCUUUUUUUUUUCUCUCUCUCUCUUCAGGGAUCAUCUUCCUCUGAUUUUUUUUGUGGAACUUCGGAGAAGAAAAAAAAAAUACAAAACUUUCUGACCGAUAGCUUGAUCUAAAAAAAAAAAAAAAAAAAAAAAAAAAACCCGAAGGUAUACGCAUAUCUAUCCACGCUAUUCUCAGUGAUUUGACAGCCAAGCUAUUCCUCAAACUCGACAGCUUCCCCAAAGGGCUCUCAGACAGCACUCGACGGAGACACAGCAGCGGAGACGCCAACAUGAUGAAGACGACGUGCAGCCUGAUGGUGGCCCUCCUGGCGGCGAUCGGCUUGGCGGCGGACCAGCCAGGCAGCCGGGACGAGUUGUGGGCGCCCUCCUUCGCCCAGGAGCCCAAAGGACAUCCCGCCGCCCUGGACUGGAACGCCCAGGCCUGGCACGGCGCCUCGCCCAUCCUGAGGCCCAGCCGCCCCUGGCCGCAAGCUGACGAGGACCUGGGACGCCCAGCGGCUUGGGGAAGCGACCCCGCAGGACCCCGCGCCCGACGCGGUCCGGAUUCACGACGACAGCGUGCUUGGCGGAGACUUCAGCGAGGCCGAGAAGGAGGCCAUAAUGGAGGUGAUGCACCGACGGGGCAGCAGCAGCAGCGGCGGCGCCCCCUCGUCUCCGACCUCGCCCUCCUGGCUGGCCAAGCGGCAGACCCCUCGGCGCCUCGGCUGGGUGGUGGAUCUGUACCGCUCGGUGGCCCAGGGUCUGGACCCCUUCGUCCCCCAGGGCGAGACGCAGGGCCUCUCGGCGGCCCCGGAGAGGCGCUCGGGACGGCGGCCGGCAGCCUGUCGGUUCGGCCCCCUCGCCCUGGUGUGCUGGAACGCCGCCCGGCAGGUGGCCGUCAUAAGGCAGCGCUCCAGUCAGUACCCGCAGUGACUCCCUCGCUCCUCCUAGACCCGCCGGUACCAUCCUCAUCCUACCCCUCAUCAAUAGAAGAAAAGCAACAUGGAAACAAAGAAAAAAAAAACGCUUACUCCCACCACAGCAUCCUUCAGAAACAAACCUGCAAAACCUUGCUGUAAGAAAAGAAAAAGAGAGAGAAAAAAAAAGAAAAGAAAACAAGAGUAAAUUUAAAAACACUCUAAUCCUAGAGCUCUUUCUGCAUCUCUAUCAAGUCAUCGACAUGCUAGCGAACGCGCGUCAGCCACGUAAUACCCAGCUCUAUCUACUGUCAGCUACUGUCAGAGCUCUAAGCACCAUGACGCUCUCCUGCAGGCGGCCGAGGGGGAAUCGUCAGCCACGCGAUCCUGUCGGUGAAAUCCAUAUGCCCUGGAAGGUCGCCUGAAAAGAACUCCCGGAAAUAAAAAAAACAAGAAACAUGUUAGCAUAUUUCUUUGGUUUUGCACAUAUAAUUAAACAAAUAAACGAAGAAAUGAAAGAAUAGAAAGAUAACUAAAUAAUUAUAAAAUUAUAAUAUAUAUACGCAUAUACAUAUAAACACACAUAUAUGUCUUACGGGGUUAUUGUACAAGUUCAUUAGUGAUAUAAUUAGUAAACAACGAUAUCUCCUCUUCAUUAACUAUCAAUAGAUAGAAACACACACACACACACACACACACACACACACACACACACACACACACACACACAGAUAUAUAUUUACACAUUGUGACUCCCAAUGGCAUUACGUUUACCCUUGAAAUGUGUUGAUACCUAGUUUAACAAUUUGGGAGUUCAAAAAAAGGAAAUUAAAAAAUAAAAACACAAAGUUACACGUGCUGUCCUUUUUUUUUCAAUCCAGACAGAAAUCUUUAUUAGCUUACAAACGUACAAUCACAAUAUCAGGAAAAAAAUACAGGCGGAUUCAUACCUCAUUUCAUUUAUUCAUUUUUUCUUUCAGCUUCCAAAAUUGACUGGAAAUGUAAAGCUAAAAAAAAAAAAAAAACGACAAAUACAAUGCAAAUUUAGGCAAUGAAGAAAAAUAAUUGAGGGAUCGAGCUGGAAAAUUAAUAUCGUUUUAGAGAAAAAUUUAAAUACAUACAUGCAUACAUAUAUGUAUAUCUAUCUAUCUAUCUAUAUAUAUACAUACAUAUAUAUAUAUAUAUAUAUAUAUAUAUUACACAUCUCAAACAUCAUCAUUUCGUAAAACAACAAUAAAUAAUGUACUAAGUUCUCUCAAAACUACUGAAUUUUGCCUUCCAUAGAAAAAUCAAAUUUAAUUAGAAAAAACAAACUUGGUGGCUUUUAUCACUGACAUUCUAUCACUACUUUAAGUAAAGUUUCAUUCUGACAUCUUGAUUUCCAAAAGCUCUCUUAACCAAUCAUUUUAUAACAUGAUAUUCUAUAAAUCUUACACUUUCUUAACUGGAAUACAUAUUUCAGAAAUCAAAAAAUAUAUAUAUACGAAAACCUUAAUCUUACAAGACAUAUUUUUUUCAACAUCAGAAAUAUCUGAUGAUUAAUUGACUUUCAUUUGACUUUCAGAUAUUUCUGAUGUUAGAAAUGUACUAUAUCACACAAUGCAUAUACAUCAAGACCAAAGUAAAUUUAAUCACAUUCAUAUCAUUAACAUUGUAGAAGAGAAAAACAAAUCAUUUAAGGCAUAUCGCAUGUAUAUAUCUAUAUAAAACUGAAGAGUGAACAUUAACAAACAAACGAACAGGUAAUUUUAUGAGAAUAAAUGUUGUUAACGUCAUAGAGACAUAAAUUCACUGCGUACCAAAAGUACCUUAAUAGAGUUAAUACAAACGAACUCUUUGAAAUCCUUAUAAUAGCUAAAAAUUAUAUUCAAAAUACAAAACGCCCGAAUUUUACAGAAGAGGCCAGACAGAUUUUUAUUUAUUUUUUUGCAAUCAACUUCAGACAAUUUCACAAACUUCAUGACGUUGUCGAAGUUGUCUCCUGGUGUUAAGCUGACAUUCCGAGUGUAGAACAUUAUAAUAAAAAUCUACAGCAUUCAAUUUCCGUGUCUUUCUUUCUCUCUGACCAGCUGACGAUAGAUUUGUCUUUAAAAGUCACUGUAUAAAUUUAGUAAAUAAAAUACCACAGUGUC